GAGGGGGUCUUGACGUCAGGCCACAUCAGCGUUAGUUCCACGCCUACUUCACUGUGCGCUUGCGCAGUAAUAGACACGCUCCGUUGCUUAGAAAACGGGUUGAGCGUAUUAAGGGAGACAACAGCGGUAUGGCUGGGGGUCAUCCCAACUUGGGCAGGGCCCUUUACAGUAUUCCUCCAACUCUGAGACGACAGCUGCGAGACAAUGACAGCCAACAAUGGAGAUCCGUGUAAAAGACAUUCAAAUGAAAGCCCCGUCAACUGGAAUGUUAAUGUAAACGCAAUUCAAUCAGACAAGUUUUUAUCUCUUCUUUUGAGCAUGGUUCCUGUGGUGUGCCAGAAGGUCCAAGAAGAGAGACUGAAGAAGGUCAAUGGAUUGACACCCACUGGUUAUGGUUUUAACAUUCGAACUGACCAGCACUUGGAAUACCAUAAUUUCUCAGAACCAAAUUACCAUGGAAAUGGCCCCCAUUGUUCAAGCCUUUGCAGUACAAAUUAUGACUUUGAUGGUUAUGAUUACUGUGAUGGAAUUGAUGCAUCUGAAACUGAUGCUAUGCUGCAGGAUAGCAGGUCAUCUGCUGAUGGAGAUAAAGAUGCCCUUGUCGAGGGGAGCAAAAAACAGGCUAAAGAAUCAAGCAUUGCCAUGGCAUUGCAAAUACUUGUGCCAUUUUUGUUGGCUGGGUUUGGAACAGUGUCAGCUGGCAUGGUUUUGGACAUUGUUCAGCACUGGGAAGUAUUCAAAAAUCUUACAGAAGUCUUUAUCCUGGUUCCUGCAUUACUUGGUCUCAAGGGAAACUUGGAAAUGACAUUGGCGUCCAGGCUUUCAACUGCAGUUAAUGUUGGAAAGAUGGACUCUCCUAUUGAGAAGUGGAACCUAAUCAUUGGCAACUUAGCUUUAAAGCAGGUACAAGCAACAGUGGUUGGCUUUUUGGCAGCUGUAGCUGCUGUUAUAUUGGGCUGGAUCCCAGAGGGUAAAUACCGGUUAGAUCAUGCAGUCCUUCUGUGCUCCAGUAGUGUAGCUACAGCUUUUAUUGCAUCUCUUCUGCAAGGCAUAAUCAUGGUUGGAGUCAUUGUAGGAUCGAAAAAAACAGGAAUAAAUCCAGACAAUGUUGCUACACCUAUAGCAGCCAGCUUUGGGGAUCUGAUCACUCUGGCUAUAUUGGCUUGGAUAAGUCAGGGACUUUACAAUUGCCUUGGUUCUUACGCAUUUGUAUCCCCAUUAGUUGGGGCUUUCUUCAUAGCAAUGACUCCAGUAUGGAUUGUUAUAGCUUCUAAACAUCCAGCCACAAGGACUGUUCUUCAUUCCGGCUGGGAGCCGGUCAUUACUGCAAUGCUUAUCAGCAGCAUUGGUGGCCUUAUACUAGACACUACUGUAUCUGAUCCAAAUCUUGUUGGGAUUGUUGUCUAUACACCAGUAAUAAAUGGUAUUGGUGGUAAUUUGGUGGCCAUUCAGGCAAGCAGAAUAUCUACAUAUUUGCAUUUAUACAGCAUCCCUGGGGAGCUGCCAGAAGAUGCCAAAGGUUGUUACCACCCUUGCAGGACCUUCUGUGGAACAGGAGUUAACAAUAAAUCGGCUCAAGUUCUACUAUCGCUAGUGAUCCCAGGCCAUUUAAUUUUCCUGUAUACCAUCUAUUUAAUGAAGAGCGGUCACACAUCACUGACACCCAUCUUUGUAGCUGUUUAUUUAUUAGCAGCUUUACUACAGGUAUUUGCACUGCUAUGGAUCGCAGACUGGAUGGUGCAUCACAUUUGGAGGAAAGGAAAAGAUCCCGACAGUUUCUCCAUUCCUUAUCUUACAGCCCUGGGGGAUCUAUUGGGCACGGCAUUGCUCGCCAUCAGUUUCCAUGUCCUUUGGCUUAUAGGGGACAGAGAUGGAGACGUUGGAGAUUGAUAUAUAUGUAUAUAGUGCCAAACCAACCUUCUCCCGACCAUGACCAAACCUGCCAGAGCCAAACAACUGUCAGAUAGAGGAUGAGUGGCGCGCAUCUACUCAGCACAAGCAAACAUAAGAAUUCAUGGCAAAAUGUUCUUUUUAGCAGGGAACAUUUCAUUAAAAUAGACAAAUGCCACACGGGGAGGUACAUUUAUCAAAGGUCGAAUUUCGAAUUCAUGUGUUUUUUUAAAAAACUUCCCUUAACUCCCAUAAAUUCAAAAUUCAACCAAUCGAUAUUUAUCAAAAAUAAAAUUUUUAAAACUUGGAUGAAUUAAAACGACCAAAAGAAUCGAAUUUGAUUUGAAUUUAAAAAAAAAAAACGUAAGUUUUUUUUCUCGGAAAAAAACCCUGAAUGUCGGGUAGGCUGCAAACAACUCCAAAUUGAUCCCUGGAGUUCUCCCAUUGACGUAAAGAGGUGGUUCACCCUUAAGGUAACUUUUAUUAUGCUAUAGAACAGCCAGUUGUGAUCAAAUUUCCAGUUGGUUUUCAUUAUUUAUUUUUUAUGGUUAUUUGCCUUUUUCUUCUGACUCUUUGCGGCUUUCAAGUGGGCGUCGCUGACACCUUCUAAAAAGCAAAUGCUCUGUAAGGCUACAAAUGUAUUGGUUGCUACGGUAAUUAUAACCCUAGUUACCAGAUUGCUUGAAAAGCAAAUUAAAGAGCUACUGAAUAAAAAGCCAAAUAACUAAAAAACCACAAAUAAGAAAAAAUUAAACAAAUGGCAAAUUGUCUCAGAAUAUCACCCUCUACAUCAUAUUAAAAGUCAUCUCAAAAGUGAACAACCCCUUUAAACAGCAAUUCGGCAGGUUUUAGGUGGCGAAUAGUCAAAUUCGAGUUCUUAGGGCCAGAGGGAUAAAUCUCAAGAAUCGAAUUGGUUUUUUUUUAAAAAAAACAAAAAACCUUGAAUCGAAGUUGAGUAACUCCCUAGUCAAAUUUGCCAGUUUGGACCAUAAAAAAAAUCAAACUUUCAAUUUGACCCUUGAUAAAUCUGUCCCUGUGUGUGUACAUUUCAUCAAACAUUGGAGAGGAUAACAUGAAUUUUAGCUGAUUGUCUUAGAAACUACAAUUAAUAUGCACCUUACGUUCAAGGGAAAAGAAAAGUAUAUUUCUGGCUCAAAGAUUACAAUAGGAGUCAAUAUAUUAUCAUGGGGACAAAUGGAGGUAACGGAAAUGUAUUUACUUAAUUUAAUGUUAACUUAUGUUGGUCAUUUGUGUGUUUCAUUCUUUCCAUUAGCAGUUCAUUCUUAUUUGCAUUGUUUGCACAAUGUUGCAUUUUAUGGUGAAUUAGCGCCGAUAUGAAUGGGAAAGCAGCUGGUUUCAGUUUGAAGUUGCGUGUAAGGGCCACAGAAGUCUGUUAUUUAACCAAGAUCUCUUUGCUCUAAAGCUUUCCAUACAUGAACCAACCAGCAUGUCCAGUGCAGUCAGCCAAAUAGGUAUUUGCUGGCCAAUUUCACUUUAUCCCUGCUUACUAGCGUACAUGUAAAGUCAUUGGGGCUCAUUUAUAAAAACUGGGCACAUUUGCACCUGGGCAGUAACCCGUAGCAACCGAUCAGUGAUGAGCUUUUUUUUUCAGCCAGCUGCAGGUUGAACAGUGAUGUAAUCAUCUGAUGGUUACCAUUGGUUACUGCCCAUGUGCAAAUUUGCUCAGUGUUUCUAAAUUACCCCCAUUGUGACCAGUCAGAUGCUGAGUAUCCGAUUGCACUGUGGUGCUUUUCCUUUGAAUUUUUGUAACAUAGGUGACUUGCCAUUAAACUGUUUCUAGGUUCUGCUCAUCAUGUACUAAAUAUUUUUUUUAUUGUGAUGUAAUAUAGGGGUAGUUCAGUUUUAGUAGAAUGUAGACAGUGAUAUUCUCAGCUCAUUUGCAAAUAGUCAUUUUCAAAUUUUUUUUUUUUAAGUUAACUUUUAUCCA